AAUUGAUAUGAUUUAAAAAUAUUAAUUUGCAUGUGAGCUGCAUACUAUUCUGCAAAAUAAAUUUGCAAACAGAAUACUUGAGAGCGACGAUUUGUUUACGUUUUGUAUGAAGAUCUAACUUCUGUGCUACUAAUAAAAUCCAUCAAAAGUGGGUGUUGAAUAUAUAAAGAUGUCUUCGCCGCGCUUGAGUCAGGAGGAACGAGAUCAUCUGGUGUUGCUUCAACGUCCGGCAAGCGAAGUCGUUGAACUCUGCAAGUCGGCGUUUGAUUAUCUGGUGAACGGACCCAACUUGGAUCGCUAUGAUUUGCUGGCCAAGAAGUACACAGGCGAUGUGAACAGCGAAGCUGUGAAGAAAGCUGUGGAGGCGUUGAUAUCACUGCUCAUCCAUGUAACCACUCACACGCAAACCAACGGCGGCCCAGCAAAUAUCCGCCAGAUAUUUCCUGAUCUGAGCGAUGAAGUGCUUGAGGUUCUGGAACAGUUUGUAAGCAGCAAGCGCAACUUUGUGGAGGGCUCCAUUAAGUCUGCCAACAUACGCGCCUAUCGCCUAAUCAAUCUCGACUGGCGGCUGGAGGUACGCACAGCGUCUCGAUGUCUGCUGAACCAAUCAAACGUGGUGAUAACAAUGAAGUUGUACCUGCACACGGAGCCAAAGAGCGAAAACCGCGAGUUGCUGGAGAUCGACACAUCUGAUCGCAGCGAAAGGGAACUUGGUGCCAUGCAUGAGGAUCAGCGACGACAUCGCAAGGAUCUGUUGGUGCAAACGGAUGUCAGCAGUUUGGUGCACUUAAUCAAAUCCCUGGAGGAUGCCUUGGUAGAGUCCAAGACACGUCGCAUUAAGAACAUUGUUGAUGCAAUACAUUAGAAACAAAAUACUAGUUGCUAAGUCAAGAUCUUAACUAUAUUUUAAGCUGGACCAAUUUAUUACAACUACAACUAACUAGAA